AGUUGGCUGCUUCACCAGGACUCUACAAAUUGCUCAGAACCCAAGGAGGUAAGAUUUUUAUAUUGCCUAUUUUCAGUAUGUAAAAGUCCAGCCACAAAACUAUUAAUUUACCCUUGACUAUAUUUUUACAAUUGCUAUGGAGCUGAACCUAAAAUUUUGUUAGAUGGUUACUUGGUUUGUUACAUUUUUAUAUACUAAUAUAUAUACUGUAAUAAUAUACUGUAUAUAUUUUUUAAAGUCUGGGGUUUGUUUUCAGAAAGUGUAUUCUAUCUUCAAAGAAUUAUUUGGUAGUUCCAUGUGUGUAUCUGGAAAAUAACUACUGUACUUCUUUAUAAAAGUGAGAGUGAGGUCCCUGUUAGUUGAGGUUGGAAUCUAGACGUGGCUGUGUAUGUAGGAAUUAGUAAUUAAACAGUGUCUGUUUGCUGACUGCCUCAUUUUUGCCAGGCUCUGUAUGGGUGCCUUGCAAGGCAUUGCCUCAUUUAAACCUUGCAGCAGCAUUCAGAGGAAAGUAUUAAUAUGCCCACUGUACAGAUGAGGAAGUUGAGGAAUGCUUUAUUAGUAGGUGUGAAGUGUCUUAAGCAUAAUACCUCCCUCCUCAGCCUCGCUCCCUCAUCCUAGUUAAGGGAAUUGAGACACAGAGAUAAGGCAACUUGCUGUUGACCUUCAGCAGAUAACUUAACCUCACUGUGGCUCAGUUUCUUCAUGAGUAAAACAGGGUACCUAUCUUUUAGGAUUGGUGUGAAGAUUAAAGAAGUUAAUACAUAUACAAAACUUUAGAACAGUGCUUGGCUAGUAGUAAUCUCUCCAUAAAUAUUAGAUGUUAUUAUUAAGUCUGUGACCACCUGUUAUCUCAUGUAAUUGUUCAGAGAUAAAAAUGUAGGCUAUAGGAAAGAAUAAGGAGGAAAGCCAGGCUCCUAAUCUGUCUAAUAUAGAAGUGAAUCUUAGUUAAAUUUUAAGAUAAUCCUAUGUGCUUUUAAAAGAUUUCAUAGUUUGCUUUUCUUUGGCUCCCAGUUUCUUUUUUUUUUGACUUCUUAGUACAGGUAACUUUUGAAGGAAUUCAGCUUACCUUAGAUGAACCAAAGGAAAGCUAAAAGCCGAGAUAAUUUAGAAAAACUAAAGCAGAGAUUAUGUUCCUAAAUUCCCUGUUACUGCUUCAAAGUCCAGGAAACACCACGUGCAGAUACAGUUGUAUCCCAUUGUUAGACCCUUUCCUGAAGCCAUUCUCUUUUCUUUGUCUUCCCAGAGAGAAACUAGUCAUUCAACAAAGAUUGAACUUCUUCUGUGUGUUAGGCUGUGCUCCAAGUGCUGGGAAGACACCAGUGAAUAAAACAGAAAGUCCCUGCUCUCAUGGAGCUUACAGCCACUAUUCUGAAGUUUGUCUGUAUUCUGCUUAUCCUUGUUUUUAUACUUUCAGCAAAUAUGUGUAUAGAAUUGUUUUGCGGCCUUGUUCAGCAUAUUGUCUUCUUUUGUUUUUUAGGAAUAUUUGUGUUUAUGUAAUUAGAUCUGUUUUUGAUAAAUUGUAUUCUGUUAUUUGUCCAUCCUACCUUCUAAUGAGCAGUUAGGUUAUUUUCAACAUUGACUAUUAUGGUUCUCCAAAAAGAUCAUUGAACAUGUCACCUUGGAUGGAUGGAUGGGAGAGUUUCUUCAAGACAGCAUGUUUCAAACUUUUUGUUGUGACCACAACCUAGAGGAUCAAGACAUAAUGGGAGCAUUUUUAGACAAGCCAAAGAUGGAAAAGCAUAAUGCCCAGGGGCAGGGUAAUGGGUUGCGAUAUGGGCUAAGCAGCAUGCAAGGUUGGCGUGUUGAAAUGGAGGAUGCACAUACGGCUGUGAUCGGUUUGCCAAGUGGACUUGAAUCGUGGUCAUUCUUUGCUGUGUAUGAUGGGCAUGCUGGUUCUCAGGUUGCCAAAUACUGCUGUGAGCAUUUGUUAGAUCACAUCACCAAUAACCAGGAUUUUAAAGGGUCUGCAGGAGCACCUUCUGUGGAAAAUGUAAAGAAUGGAAUCAGAACAGGUUUUCUGGAGAUUGAUGAACACAUGAGAGUUAUGUCAGAGAAGAAACAUGGUGCAGAUAGAAGUGGGUCAACAGCUGUAGGUGUCUUAAUUUCUCCCCAACAUACUUAUUUCAUUAACUGUGGAGACUCAAGAGGUUUACUUUGUAGGAACAGGAAAGUUCAUUUCUUCACACAAGAUCACAAACCAAGUAAUCCGCUGGAGAAAGAACGAAUUCAGAAUGCAGGUGGCUCUGUAAUGAUUCAGCGUGUGAAUGGCUCUCUGGCUGUAUCAAGGGCCCUUGGGGAUUUUGAUUACAAAUGUGUCCAUGGAAAAGGUCCUACUGAGCAGCUUGUCUCACCAGAGCCUGAAGUCCAUGAUAUUGAAAGAUCUGAAGAAGAUGAUCAGUUCAUUAUCCUUGCAUGUGAUGGUAUCUGGGAUGUUAUGGGAAAUGAAGAGCUCUGUGAUUUUGUAAGAUCCAGACUUGAAGUCACUGAUGACCUUGAGAAAGUUUGCAAUGAAGUAGUCGACACCUGUUUGUAUAAGGGAAGUCGAGACAACAUGAGUGUGAUUUUGAUCUGUUUUCCAAAUGCACCCAAAGUAUCACCAGAAGCAGUGAAGAAGGAGGCAGAGUUGGACAAGUACCUGGAAUGCAGAGUAGAAGAAAUCAUAAAGAAGCAGGGGGAAGGCGUCCCCGACUUAGUCCAUGUGAUGCGCACAUUAGCGAGUGAGAACAUCCCCAGCCUCCCACCAGGGGGUGAAUUGGCAAGCAAGAGGAAUGUUAUUGAAGCCGUUUACAAUAGACUGAAUCCUUACAAAAAUGACGACACUGACUCUACAUCAACAGAUGAUAUGUGGUAAAACUGCUCAUCUAGCCAUGGAAUUUACCUUCACCUCCAAAGGAGAGUACAGCUCAACUUUGUUGAACCUUUUAACAUCCAUCCUCAACUUUAAGGAAGGGGAUAUGACAUGGGUGAGAAUGAUUACAUCAGAGAACUUCAGCAGUACAACAGCUAGCCCAGAACUGAUUUUUUUUUUUUUUGUAAAUUUGAGACUUAUGUAAACGUGAUUUCAAACCAUAAUUCAUGUUGUAAAUCAGACUCCAGCAAUUUUUGUUGUAUGAUUUUGUUUUUUUGUAAAGUGUAAUUGUCCUUGUACAAAAUGCUCAUAUUUAAUUAUGAACUGCUUUAAAUCACUAUCAAAGUUACAAGAAAUGUUUGGCUUAUUGUGUGAUGCAACAGAUAUAUAGCCCUUUCAAGUCAUGUUGUGUUUGGACUUGGGGUUGGAAUAGGGAGAGCAGCAGCCAUGUCAGCUACAUGCUCAAAUGUGCAGAUGAUUGUGGAAAAUAACCUCAAAAUCUUACAAAGCUGAACAUCCAAGGAGUUAUUGAAAACUAUCUUAAAUGUACUUGGUAGGGGAGUUGGCAUUGUUGAUAAAGCCAGUCCCUUCAUUUAACUGCCUUUCAGGAUGUUCCUUCAUUGUUUCCAUGAGUAUUGCAGGUAAUAAUACAGUGUAUUCAUAAGAAUCUCAAUCUUGGGGCUAAAUGCCUUGUUUCUUUGCACCUCUUUUACAAGUCCUUACAUUUAAUUACUAAUUGAUAAGCAGCAGCUUCCUACAUAUAGUAGGAAACUGCCACAUUUUUGCUAUCAUGAUUGGCUGGGCCUGCUGCUGUUCCUAGUAAGAUAUUCUGAAUUCCAUUUUAUCAAUAAAGCUUGAUUUAACAAACAAGAAA